AUGGCCAAGUCACGUCUACUGCAGUGGCUGCUGCUGCUGCCCACACUCUGCAACCCAGGUGCAGCUGUCGGAUCGGCCUCAUCCCUGGAUUGUGCACAGGGUCCUAAAUUCUGGUGCCAAAGCGUGGAGCAAGCAGUGCAGUGCAGAGCCCUGGGGCACUGCCUACAGGAAGUCUGGGGGCAUGUAGGAGCUAAUGACCUGUGCCAAGAGUGUGAGGAUAUUGUCCACCUCCUCAUAAAGAUGACCAAGGAAGACAUUUUCCAGGACACAAUCCGGAAGUUCUUGGAGCAAGAAUGUGAGAUCCUUCCCUUGAAGCUGCUUGUGCCCCGGUGUCGCCAAGUGCUUGAUGUCUACCUGCCUUUGGUUAUGGACUACUUCCAGAGCCAGAUAAACCCAAAGGCCAUCUGCAAUCAUGUGGGCCUGUGCCCACUUGAACAGGCUAAGCCAGAACAGGAGCCAGGGAUGAAGGAUGCUACUCCAGACCCUCUGCUGAACAAGCUGGUCCUCCCAGUGCUGCCAGGGGCCCUUGUGGCAAGGCCUGGGCCUCACACACAGGAUCUCUCUGAGCAACAGCUCCCCAUCCCUCUGCCCUUCUGCUGGCUUUGCAGGACUCUGAUCAAGCGGGUCCAAGCUGUGAUUCCCAAGGGUGUGCUGGCCGUGGCUGUGGCCCAGGUGUGCCACGUGGUACCCCUGGUGGUGGGUGGCAUCUGUCAGUGCCUGGCUGAGCGCUAUACAGUCCUCCUGCUCGAUGCACUGCUGGGCCGCGUGGUACCCCAGCUAGUCUGCGGCCUCGUCCUCCGAUGUUCCAGUGAGGAUGCCAUUGGCCCAGCCCUCCCUGCUCUGGAUCCCCUGGCAGAAGAAUGGCCACUACAAGACACUGAGUGCCGUGUCUGCAAGUCUGUGAUCACCCGGGCAUGGAACACCAGUGAACAGGCUAUGCCACAGGCAAUGCCACAGGCAAUGCGCCAGGCCUGCCUUCGAUUCUGGCUGGACAGGCAAAAGUGUGAACAGUUUGUGGAACAGCAUGCACCCCAGCUGCUGGCUAUGGUGCCCAGGAGCAGGAAUGCCCACGAAGCCUGCCAGGCCCUGGGAGUGUGUGAGGCCCCGGCCAGUCCUCUGCAAUGCUUCCAAACCCCGCACCUCUGA